CUAGUCCUGGGCACCUGGUUGUGGCCAUCACCUUCUAGCUAUUGAUUAGGACGUAAUGUGUUGCAUUUUCGCGAGGAGUUUGACCGUGGUGAGAUCACAAGAGUUUCAGGUUUCAACGAGUGAACAUGUUCGGGCACCGAAAUGUUACACCCUUAACAACAGUUCGGUCAAAUCCAUACAUUACUUUUCUCUACUAUACAAUGAAACUGUGGGGAUUAGCACCGUUUGACUUGAACAAUAAUAUGAUUUCACUUGGAUCUUGGAUUUCGAAUGUUUACCCGAUCGUUUUCGUAUUAAUUUUCCUACCUGCCGCUAUAGGCGUACAUCAAAUGUGGACGAAUCAAAAUUAUGUCGGUGCAACCAUUUGGUUAAGAAACAUUCAUGGAUUAACUUCCACGCUCUGUUACCUGGCGGUCAUUACGACUGGAAUAAGCAUCGUGAAAAAUAAAAGAAUCUUCGUAGAGCUCAUUCAUUUAUUCGUCAAAGUCAAUGGGAUAAAAAUAACUUCUGGGUUGCAAGUAGAUUAUGAAAGGAAAAUCAAAAUCCUCGCGAUAAUGAUUGGAUUUUCAAUAAUUGUUAGAAUAUUCCUCAACUGCUUGCUCGUAAUGUCGAUUCAAAAAUAUCUUCAACUGUCUUGGCUUGUAACGCUAUUGUUAAUUGCGUACUGGAACUUCCGCCUAGUAAUGCACUUAGCAAUCAUUUCUUUUGCGAGCGUCAUAUUUUUAUUAAAAGCAAACCUUGAAAAGUUGCAACUGACGUUGAUGAGCAUUUUUGGGGUGGGCAGUGAAUCGAUCGCGAUGAACAAGCCUCGCAAUGGCACAUGGAUUCAUCGAAAAUCAGCAAAUAUUCAAGUUCGGGAUGAAGUAUUGAAAGUUGGAGCUGAUCCUGAAUGCAUCGACGACUUCAAAUUAUUUCAGAUGUUCGACCGACUUGAAAAAAAAUACCGUGAUCUUCAUAGCUUGAUCGAGAUGAGUGCGAAACUUUUUUCUCCGCCAAUGGUUACGAUCAUUUCUCACUACUGCGUGAAUUUAUUUGCCAAUUUUUAUUACACAUACAACGUUUCCAAAGGACCCACAACAUUUGUACAGUUAUUUUCCGAAACGAUUGGAGCACAGUACGUUUGUUUGUCUCAUCUUUUGGACCUCUUGCUGAUUGCAUGGGUUUGUAAUGCAGCCCAAACACGGGGCAACUCGAUGGCGGUAAUACUUCACGAGAUGUGGGCCAAAUGUCAUCUGAAUAAGUUGAGAGAUGAGAUUCAAAUAUUCUCUCUCCAGCUGCUACAGAAACCUCUUUCCAUAACGAUAUUCGGUUUCUUUUCUUUGGACAACUCGUUGCUUUACAAGAUAUUCUGCGCGACGGUAGCCCACCUCGUGAUCAUGGUACAACUAGACUCCUCGGAGACAGAUUACGCCGAUAAUGAGAUCGAUCAAAAUCCGUGGAACGCAACAGUGUCGUACUGGAGUAAAAAUGCUUGACCACGGGUGAUUUUACACGAACUCUAAAUUCAUCCCAGAACCUCAAGAGUUCUGCAGAGUCGACAUCAAAUCAACGGAGUAUUACAAUUACAUAUCUAUAACUAAUGAAAUGACUCAGUGGCAUAAUCUUGUAAUGUGACAACAAAAAAACAAAAACGUGCAAAAUAAAUAUGUGUAUUUUUUAAUAACA